AUGGCAAACGAAGACAAACCGGGAGCAACCCAAGAAACUGGAAGAACUAGUCGACUGCAGGAUAUGGCCGAGCGGUUCAUGGCGGCGGGUGUCGGUACGUCGAGAGCCGGUUUCGACUUCGCACCGGAGGCAAACGAGACGAGCCCCGAGGGCGGGGUCCCGAUCCCUGGGGCCGGUUCGCCACCUCGAAGUAGCAGUCCCAUGGCUCGCUCACCCUCGCAAGAUAUCUGGAAACGCACCUUUCAUCCUGGCGGUCGCUCGCCACCAGAUCGCAGUCUUUUCGACAGUGCAAGAGAGCACGUCGAAGGCGCGGCUAGCGGUCAGAGUGUAAGUGAGAUAUACGCCCAGAAACGCAACCAAUAUUAUGUUGCGCCUCGAAAGGACUGA